AUGCCCAUUCAAAAGGAUGAUGAAGUCCAGGUUGUCCAGAGGCAGUAUAAAGGUCAGCAAAUUGACAAAGUAGUCCAAGUUUACAGGAAGAAAUAUGUCAGCUAUAUUGAGUGGGCGCAGUGGGAAGAGGCUAAUGGAACAACUGUCCAUGUGGGCAUUCACCCUGGCAAGGUGGUUAUUACUAGGGUUCAAGUAGACAAAGACUACAAAAAGAUCCUUGAAUGGAAACCCAAAUCUCUCCAAGUAAAAAAGGAAAAGUGGCUCACGCCUGUAAUCCCAGCACUGUGGGAGGCUGAGGAGGGAGAAUCGCUUGAGCUCAGGACCCAAGAGUUGGAGAAUAUUCUUAGCUCUAAAAAAAAACCAGCUAUGCCUUGGGAUCAAAAUCCAGAGCAAUCAAAUAGGAAUUGUAGUGAACAUGAAAGAAAGAGAAAGCAGAAAUGGAGAUAAGAGGAGAGAGGAGGACAAGGAAAAGGAAGAGAAAAAGAAUGGAAGUAAGAAAAGAAAUUGGAAGAGGAGCCGAAAAAAGAAAAGAAAAAGGAAAAUGAAAAUGAAGAACGAUAUCUCAGGAAAAGAUUAGUCAACAAAGCCCUCAUGAACACUCUCUGGGGAAAGUUUAAAUUAAACCAAUACCUCACAAUACAAGUUAGUUUUUCCCUUUCAUUUGAAUUUAGCAUGACCAAUAAACAGAUAAAUCAAUGGUUUUGUAAAAAAAGGAAGAAAUACAAUAAAGCAAUGUCCAAGCAGAAGUAUAACAAAAGCCUAAGAGGUUCAAGAUCCAUUCUUUUUAGCCAAGUGGGGGUUGAGAGACUGCGUUUCCAGCAAUAA